AUGCAAUCCCAACAAGUUAGAAAUAAAAUCCUUUCUAUUCGGUCGACAUUAAAUUAUAAUAGAAUUUACACUCCUACUCGUGAUGAAUUACAGCUAAUCGCUGCCCAGACAAAAGAUAAAUUAACGGGAUUAAGUUUCUUGAAUCUAAGCAUAAGAUUCGAAACAAACCGAUUGCAUUUGUAUGAUACGAGUAUCAUUGACUCUUUAUCAGACCAAUUAUGGGAUUCUUCAACUUCAUACCAACAAGAGCAAUGGACAGCGUAUGCGAAUGACGUGAAUGAAAUAAACCUGUCGAUACUACGUGCUAACGAAGACUUACUUAAAAGAAUUUCUGGUCUAACUGAGCCACAAAUUGUUAAUUCAGAUUUCGAACAAAAUUUUUUUUUUGGAGUCAGUUUCCCAUAA